GUUGACUGAGCCAUGUUUUAGCACGUUGCAUGAGGGUCAGUGAUCGGUUCCUCCUCUGAUCUGCUUUUGUUUGUCUGGCUGCCAGUGAUUGGGUUUUCAAUCCAAACCUACUCUUCAUAUCCACACUCUAGACUUAAAUCUCUCUCCUUCGUUGUCAGUUGAGGUGCCAAAAUGGCAACAGUUACAAUUCCUGAGAACGUGAACGUUUUUCUGCUGGAUAUUGAAGGCACCACGACUCCAAUCACGUUUGUGAAGGAGGUUUUAUUCCCAUAUAUCAAAGAGCACCUGGAGGAGUAUCUGGGUGCACACUGGGAGGAGGAUGAGUGCAAGCAGGAUGUGCAGCUCCUCAAGAAACAGACGGAGGAAGACCUAAAGCAGAACAGAGCGUGCCCAGUUCAUGCCGUAGACCAGACGGUCCACACGGACGAAGAGAAGGCGAUCCGGGAGGUGGUGGAUAGCGUCCUGUGGCAGAUGGAUGCAGACAGAAAGACCACCGCUCUCAAGCAGCUGCAAGGCCACAUGUGGAGAGCAGCCUAUGUUUCAGGGAAGAUUAAAGGCGAAGUGUAUCAGGAUGUGGUUCCUGCAAUAAGAAGAUGGAGGGAAUAUGGCCUUAAAGUCUACAUUUAUUCUUCAGGAAGCAUCGAAGCCCAGAAGCUACUCUUCGGCUAUUCAGUUGAAGGAGAUUUAUUAGAUCUGUUUGACGGUCAUUUUGACACCAACAUUGGUGCCAAAGUGGAGAGUAAAAGCUACCAAAAGAUUGCAGAGAGGAUUGGCUGCUCUCCAGAAGACAUUAUGUUCCUAACAGAUGUCACACGAGAAGCAAAAGCAGCAGAAGACGCCGGGGUGAACGUGGCCGUAGUUGUGCGACCGGGCAACAUGGAGCUGACCGAAGAGGAGAGGAAAUACUACACAACAAUCACAACUUUUAGCCAGCUAGAACUCACCGGAAGAGUUUAACAGACAAGGACAGGACAUUGUCGGCUCUCCUCAAGCGGACUUUAUCAAACGUGGGCUGACAUUGGAUUUGUAGCUUGUUGGUUGGAGGAAAGAUGAUACACGUGAAGUCCAAGUGCAUUAUAGUUGCACCUAAUUAAACUCCAGGUGCUUGCAUAUGUUUAUAUAUUAAUUUUAUUUUUAAAAAUGAACUGAAGUUGGUUUAUAAUUGUCAUCCUCUUGAAAUGUUUAUGCUAUGAAACAGUAUCGAUGUGUAAGUGUAAUUUAAGUUAUUAAUUAGGAAUUACGUUUCACGUACUUGUACCUCUUUCUCCAUCUAGUAAACGUAUAUGAUGAUCUCAAA